AUGGCGGCCGUACAAAUUUCCGAGCAUAUCUUCAAGGCAAUGAAGGAUAAGGUAAUUUUCAUCACCGGCGGCGCGGCGGGAAUCGGAAAGGCAACUGCAGAGUUAUGUCUCAAGCACGGCGCGAAUGUAAUCAUCGGCGACAUGAAGCAACUACCCCCGGAUCUCGAGAUCUCAGACAAGCUCAAAUUCAUCCAACUGGAUGUCUCCUCAUGGGAAAGUCAACGGGACGCAUUUAUCCAGGUUGAAGAAUGGUUCGGUCGCAUUGACCAUGUCUUCGCCAAUGCAGGCAUCAGACCAACGACUAAUUUCCUGGACGACAGCCUUGACGAAAAUGGCCACCUUACCCCUCCUGAUCUGCGGACGAUCAAUGUCAAUCUUGUCGGUGUGAUCUUCACCGUUCGUCUAGCUGCGUAUUACGUACAGAAACACUCGGCACAUCGUGCAUCUGGUGAACUUGGCAGUAUUGUGAUCAAUGCUUCUACGGCUUCGUUCCAGAACUUCAGUGCUGGUGAUUACACAGUCGCAAAGCAUGGCGUUCUGGGAAUUAUCCGUGGAAUCGGGUCUCAACUUGAGGGGAAGGUUCGACUCAAUGCGGUUGCACCUUCUUGGACCGCAACUGCCGUGGUUCUUACUGCUUUUAUUGAAGGGCUUGGUGUUGCUGUUCAAGGACCAGAGGCUGUAGCUAAAAGUGUGGCACUUCUUUUUAGUGAGCAGCAGCAUCAUCAAGAUGUUAUAUACAGCUGGGACGGGAAGUAUCUGGAGGUUAACAAUGCAAAAGGUGGAUUGCUGGCGGCUACGGAGGGAAUCCUUGUGAAUUCAGCUAAUGAGGAAUCUGUUAUGAGGAAAAUGGUAGAAGGGAGGUAG